GAAGGUUAAGCUCCUUGGAAGUAGCUGAUCAUGAAGUCCUCAUCAACUAACGACAAAAAUGAAUAUAGUAGACUUGACAACUCAAAGAUGGCUGGUAAUGGGGAUAUUUCUGAGCAAACAAUGCAUAAUAAUGGUGAAGUAGCAGGAAAGCAACGAAGAAUUUUGGUUGAGUGGUUAAAUAGUACAGUUCCUAAUCUAAAAUUACCAACAAAUGCUUCAGAUGAGGACUUGAGAGCAUGCUUGACUGGUGGUCCCAUUUUAUGUCGACUAUUGAACAAUCUUAAACCUGGUUCUGUGAAUGAGGUAGGUGAUUUUGACCAUUCAUCAAUGUCCGGCUCAGAAUAUGUUACAAGGUUUUUGGAAGCAAUGGAUGAAUUGCAGAUGCCCAAGUUUGAACAGUCAGACCUAGAGAAGGGAUCUAUGAAGACUGUUAUAGACCGCCUUUUAACACUUAAAUCACAAUUCACUUCAAGUGUUACUGGAGAUAACAAUUCUUUAACCUAUUCAAUUGAUAAAUCUGAAAGUCCGCAUGGUGAUGCAUCUCCCCGUGGCCAUUAUUCUCCAUUAACUGGAGAAGAGAGGCGCAAGGUUUUGUCUGAGUCAAAAUUUCAGCGUCCACUUCGAAGUCCCAUAAUGUCAGAGCCAUCAGCUGCAGCAAUGCAUCAUGUUGGGCACAAGUUCCAUGAGGUUUUUCAACUAAGGCAAGGACGCUAUGCAGAUCUUCCUGCUGCAAAACUUUCAGAGAUGAUGAAAUCUAACAGUUUAGAUAAUGCUCCAACUCAAUCACUUUUGAGUGUUGUGAAUGGAAUACUGGAUGAAAGUGUUGACAGAAAUAAUGGUGAAAUACCUCAUCGUGUGGCAUGUUUGUUGAGAAAAGUGGUGCAGGAGAUUGAGCGGCGUAUAUCAGCUCAAGCAGAACACUUGAGAACUCAAAACAAUCUUUUCAAGGCUCGUGAAGAGAAAUAUCAAUCUAGAAUAAGAGUACUUGGAGCCCUUGCAUCUGGGACUAGUGAAGAAAGUGAGAUAGUUAUGGACCGGCUACAGCAAAUGAAGAAUGAGAAGGCUAAUUUGGAAGAAAAGAAGAAAACAGAGGAUGAGGAUGUCAUCAGGUUGAUGAAAGAGAAGGAUCAAAGCACUCUAGAAAUUUCGGCAUUGAAGCAAGAGUUGGAAAUAAACAAAAAGGCAUAUGAGCUGCGUUACUUGGAGAUGGAAAACAAAGCUAAAAGUGCUAAAAUGGAGGUUGAAGAAAGGGUAAAGGAAUUGGAAACAACCAAAAAGACGUAUGAAAUGCGUUUCUUAGAGAUGGAAAACCAAGCUAAAAGUUCUAAAGGAGAGGUUGAACAAAGGUUACUAGAGGAAUUGGAGACAACCAAACAGAUGUAUGAAAUGCGUUACUUAGAGAUGGAAAACAAACUUAGAAGUGCUAAAGAGGAGGUUGAACAAAGGUUAUUAAAGGAAUUGGAAACAACCAAAAAGAUGUAUGAAAUGAGUUACUUAGAGAUGGAAAACAAAGCUAAAAGUGCUAGAGGGGAGGUUGAAAAAAGGUUAAAAGAAUUGGAAACAACCGAAAAGACAUAUGAAAUGCGUUACUUAGAGAUGGAAAACAAAGACAGAAGUGCGAAAGCGGAGGUUGAGGAAAGGCUAAAAGAACUUGAGCACUUCUUGGCAGAAUCAAGGAAUAAGGUGAAAGAGCUAGAGGCAUCUUCAGAGUUGAAAUUCCAUAGGUGGAAUAAGAAAGAGCAGAGCUGCCAAAGCUGUUUGGAUUUCCAAUUGGGUGCUCUGCAGGAGUUCAGGUUCUCUUCUGAGGCCAUUAAGCAAGAAAUCCUGAAAGCAAACAGGAUUUACACUGAUGAUUUUAACCGCUUAGGAAUGAAAUUUCAAGCGUUAGCAAAUGCAGCUGAGAAUUAUCAUGUGCUUCUAGCGGAAAACCGGAAACUAUUUAAUGAAAUUCAGGAAUUAAAAGGAAACAUUAGAGUCUAUUGCCGGAUAAGGCCAUUUUUUCCUGGUCAAAGAGAGAGACGAACAAUCGUAGAUUAUAUCGGUGAAAAUGGGGAGUUGGUAAUUGCAAAUCCGACCAAGCAAGGGAAAGAGGGCAAUCGAUUGUUUAAAUUUAAUAAGGUCUAUGGUCCAGCUGCAACUCAAGCCGAGGUAUAUUCUGACACGCAGCCACUGAUACAAUCUGUUCUUGAUGGAUAUAAUGUAUGCAUAUUUGCUUAUGGUCAAACAGGUUCAGGGAAAACCUAUACAAUGACUGGUCCAAAUGCAGCCACUGAAGAGAAGUGGGGGGUCAAUUAUCGAGCUUUAAAUGACCUUUUUUUCAUCUCUCAGAAGAGAGGAAGCUCCAUUUCUUAUGAAAUUGGGGUUCAAAUGGUUGAAAUAUAUAAUGAGCAAGUGAGGGAUCUGCUAUCAAGUGAUUCUCAAAAGAAAACACUUGGGAUUUUGACACACUCUCAACCCAAUGGACUAGCUGUACCUGAUGCUACUAUGCUCCCUGUUAAAUCAACCUCAGAUGUUAUAGAAUUAAUGGAUACUGGAUUAAAGAACAGAGCUGUUGGUGCCACAGCCCUUAAUGAAAGAAGCAGCCGCUCACAUAGUGUUGUCACCAUUCAUGUCCGCGGGACGGAUUUGAAGAGGGGUGUUGCUUUGAUUGGUAAUCUUCAUCUUGUAGACCUUGCGGGAAGUGAAAGGGUAGAUCGAUCAGAAGUAGUUGGAGAUAGACUUAAGGAAGCACAACAUAUAAACAAAUCACUAUCUGCUCUUGGAGAUGUCAUUUUUGCUCUUUCACAGAAGAGCCCUCAUGUACCAUAUCGAAAUAGCAAGCUUACUCAAGUCCUCCAAAGCUCUUUGGGUGGACAAGCAAAAACACUUAUGUUUGUGCAACUUAAUCCCGAUGCAAUUUCAUUUUCGGAAAGUUUAAGUACCUUGAAGUUUGCUGAAAGGGUAUCUGGAGUUGAGCUUGGUGCGGCACGAAGCAGCAAAGAGGGAAGGGAUGUUAGGGAAUUAAUGGAGCAGGUGGCUCUUCUUAAAAACACUAUUGCCAAAAAGGACGAGGAGAUUGAGAGGUUGCAGUUGCUUAAAGAUCUGAAAAACGUGUAUCCUGGAGUAGAUGGUGGUGAGAAACGUGUGACAAGCUCAUUAAGGUAUGGAUCUUCCUCUCCAAGCAGAGAUUCUGUAGGUGGAACUCCUGAGCAAGGACGGAAACCUUCAGGCGGGACAGGCUUAGGGCGUACAGAGAAAUCAGCUUCUGAUCCUGAGAUUUCAGGAUACAGUAGUGAUAAGCAUUCUGAAGCUGAUUCCCAGCAGUCCUCAGAGGACGUAAAGAACCAGAAUGAUGAUAUCCACCAAUCAAAAGUUGCCAGAGGUGACAACAUAGGUCAGAAUAUUCAUGCAGAUGAUGAGAUAUUAGGAUUUGGAGAUGGUGAUUAUGAGGAGAGAUUGAGUGACCUUUCUGACAGUGGUAUUUCUGUCGGAACAGAAACCGAUGGCUCUGUCGAAAAUGUGAUUUUGAAUGAUGGUGCAAAAUCAGACAACUUGGAUAGGACUAAGAAGACUUUAUCAAAAAUUUCUCGACCCUCACAGAGACCUGGACUAACGGCCUCAACUACUGCAUCAGCAUCGAAGGGCUCACCGAAGGUCGUCUCAUCAGGCAUGAAAAGAACUUCCAGCGCUAAUUCUUUAAAGCCGCCAUCCAGACGGUGGCAGUAGAAGUGAAGGCAGUUGUGACGAUCCUUUUUUAUUUUUUAUAUUUCAUUUUCAAUUUUCGUUUGGGGGGUAAAUUUCGUGUUAUAUAUGUAUAUAACUUCAUUUCUUUGACAUCUUGUUUGCUCUUUCAUACCCACUUCAUUUUGUAGUUAUUGACAGGUUUCUUAAGCAAUCUCUUAUAUCUAGCUAUUUCUUACUCUACCAUUUCAUCUGUGUUUGGUGGCCAGUUUUGUAUUAAUACUCAAAUUGAUAAAUUUUGUGACAUUCAAUUUUUUUUUUUUUUUUGGCCUUUUACAGAACAGUAAUUACAAUGGAAUUUGUAUAUGUAUAUGAUGUAUUAAUAAUAUAAUCGA